GAAAAUAUAUGCUGUUCAGUGUAUGGGGAGGUCUAAAUCGGAUCAAUUCUAUCACAAGAUAGCCUCGUACACGUUUGGUCAUCGUGUUACUCUACACGACUUUAAUCGAAUUGGAGAAGUACUUGUGUCUAUAUGCCGAAGGGAAGCAGAACUGGAUGAGACACCAGAACAUGUUUUUAAAACAUUAAAUGCCAGAUCAGAUGCUUCAUGUGAUAUAACUGCAGAAAAAGAACAGAAUUUUAAAGCUGACAAUGUUCCUGGACGUCUUGAAAUGCAGUGUGAUUUAUGCAAAAAGGCCAAGCCUCCAGAUGAAUUUCCGUUAGAUACAGUCUCUGAAUCCUGCGAACAUUAUCCGGGAGUAUGUUUCAGGUGUGUCGUAGACUAUGUGCAUAAAAACAAGACAUGUCCUCAACCAAACUGCCAGGUGGAAGUAGAUCAGUCGAGUGAACGAGUGAAAUAUUGUCAUGCAGCAUUGGCCCGAAUGUUUAUUGAUUACUCUGUGGUAUACGAAGAAAAUAGACGUAAAAUGGUAUCAGCGGUAGGCAAUAAGAUUACAGUAUUUUCUAUUAGCGGCGAUACGGCUUGGAUCGAUUAUACUCCUGAACUGACCGUUCCAGAACUUAUGAAAGAAGUAGAGGAGCAAACAAAAAUUAAAACGUCGAAUCAGAAGAUUAUGUACAACGAUCAACGACUAAGGCCCUACAAAACGCCCACCAAGCCAUACCUACUGUCUGACUACGGAAUUAAACAGCAUGAGUCAUUGACUCUCAUUGUUCCUCUUUUCUGCAUACCGGAAGACCUAGACUGCGUAGUAUUUGACCUUUCAUGGGAAUUUCCAAAGAAGAACCCAGACUUUCUGGAUGCUUCAUGUCUUGCUUUUGAGAAUCGGGACUUCCUUCAAGUGAUAGACUGGAACCAUCCAGAAAAUGACUUUUACCUUAAAGGUGCAAUAAAACACACACAUGAAAUUACCUAUGGAGGCCAAGAAGGGCACCAAACUAUCAACGUCAGUUUGAAAGCACUGCCAACGUAUGUGUCUGGUCUCUACUUCGUUUUGAGCUCAUGGAAGUCUCCAAAUUUGUCGGCAUUUUCUAACCCAAGCCUCAAGUUUUAUCCCGAAUCACAACCUGAAAACAACCUUUGCAAGACUACAUUUACACAUGCAUUAAACAGCCAAGCUGUUAUUAUGUGCUCCGUCGUACGGCAAAAUGAACGAUGGUUGAUAUUUGAUAGUGACGAAGACUGUUGUGUUAAUGGAAACUCAAAAAUGUACAAUCCAAUACGGAAACAGAUAGAAAAACUUAUCGCUAAAGAUGAGUAAAAGACGUUUUUCCGAAGAUAUAAGAUAAAUUGAACAGUUGCAUAUCUAACCAGAAUUGUAAUACCAGAAUUUAAAAAAUCAUUUAACAAGAAAUGAAUGAUUUGGAUUUUUUUUUUUUUUUUUUUUUUUUUUCGUUAUUUUAUUUCAUCAAAAUGUAUAAGAAGAUCCUUUGGAAGCAUAGAAACAACCAAGCAAAAUAGUAGCAGGUUUGAAUGAGGUUUUACGUACAUAUCGUAAAUGGAAUAUGAUGGAUAAUAGAAAUGGGGUCUGGUGUUCCAUUCAACGUUUUAAACUCUCCAGUUUUGCUUUUGACAACGACUGUUCCAAGGUUGUGCCCAAUAUUUUCCUUUAUUUGUAUGAAAGUCAUCGAUUAGAUUUUUUAUAUUAAUAUAUUUGGUAAAAAUGGACAUUAGUUUGUGAUAUAUAUCUAACAUGAGAGAGAGAGUACGUAUUUGAAAAAAAAAAUACAUUAUGCAUAAUUAUUCUAUAUUAUUUAAUUUAAUUUAUAGAAAUACUAGCCUGUAACCUAGAGAACGCGAUGUUUAAAUUGUUUAAAUUUGAUUCGAUAAGUGAUAUUUUUAGUCUCCAUUUGUUUGUUUUGGUCCUUUGUCUUUUUGUUCGCAUCAAUUUUUAUACGCCCGUUUGAAAAAACGGGACGUAUUAUGGGAACGCCCCUGGCGGGCGGGCGGGCGGCGUCCACAGACUUUGUCCGGAGCGUAUCUUCUACAUGCAUGAAGGGAUUUUGAUGAAACUUGGCACAGUUGUUCACCAUCAUGAGACGGAGUGUCAUGCGCAAAAACCAGGUCCCUAGAUCUAAGGUCAAGGUCACACUUAGAGGUCAAAGGUCAAAUUCAAGAAUGACUUUGUCCGGAGCAUAUCUUCUUCAUGCAUGGAGGGAUUUUGAUGAAAGUUGGCACAAUUGUUCAUCAUCAUGAGACGGAGUGUCAUGCGCAAGAACCAGGUCCCUAGGUCUAAGGUCAAGGUCACACUAAGAGGUCAAAGGAUACAAGAAAGGAAACUUUGUCCAGAGCAUAUCUUCUUCAUGCAUGGAGGGAUUUUGAUAUAACUUGGCACAAAUGUUCACCACCACGAGGCGGAGUGUCAUGCGCAAGAACCAGGUCCCUAGGUCUAAGGUCAAGGUCACACUUAGAGGUCAAAGGAUACAAGAAUAAAAACCUUGUCCGGAGCAUUUCUUCUUCAUGCAUAGAGGGAUUUUGAUAUAUCUUUGCACAAAUGUUCACCACUACGAGGUGGAGUGUCACGCGCAAGAACCAGGUCCCUAGGUCAAAGGUCAAGGUCACACUUAGAGGCCAAAGGUCAGAUACAAGAAUGACUUUGUCCGAAGCAUUUCUUCUUCAUGCAUGGAGGGAUUUUGAUGUAACUUGGCACAAUUAUACACCAUCAUGAGACAAAGUGUCAUGCGCAAUUCCCUUCUUUAGAAUUACUUCCCUUUGUUGUUACUAUAAAUAGCUUAUAUUGUAACUUUUUCAUUACUAGUCGUAGGGAGAAAUCGAGACCACUUUUCUGUAGUACAACAUGCAUGCUACAUCCAAUUAUGAGGUGUAUUUUGACCAAUCUCUACCUGGUAAAGAUUUUUGUGUGGACUUACAAUUUUUUUUUUUUGGAUUUUUUUUUUUUUUUUUUUUUUUUUUUUUUUAAGAUUAUCUUCCCUUAGUUGUUACUAUAAAUAACUUAUAUUGUAACUCUUUUAUAAUUGACCGUAGGGAAAAAACAAGACCACUUUUCUGUGGUACAACAUAGAUGUUACUUUCAAAUUUUAGGUGUAUUUUAAGGUAUCUCUACCUGGUAAGGAGUUUUUUUUGUGGACUUAGAAAAACAAAUGACUUACAAUGAUUACUAAACAACCACAAAAUUAAAAUUCCAUUUGCAAAUACAGGUGCUAGAGUAAAGAAAUUUGCUGUGACGGGCGUAUAUUGUGACAUUCUGGCACUCUUGUUAUUAAUGGUAUUAAGAUAGAGCAGAUAUACAAUUUUACUUAUCUAGGUAUUAAAUUUACUCACACAGGGAAUAUGAUUGUUGCUGUUAAAGCUCAUCUGAUCAAACUUUGGGAGCUUAUCACAAUCUAUUAUUAUCUUUAUUUGAUAGGGUUAAACUUGAUAUCAAAACAAAAUUGCAUUUAUUUGCUUCUGCUGUAAUUCCAAUUUUAUUAUAUGGAGCAGAAAUAUUGGGUGUAUAUAAUAUUAAAGAAAUUGAUAAGCUACAUAUGAGAUUUUGUAAAUAUUGGAAUAAUAUUCGUCUAACACUACUAAAAUAUGUUUUUACCAUGACAGUUUCGACAACGGUCUGUUGACUUCCUCAGAUGUAUCAUACUACGAAGAUUGGCUAUCUUCGGUCUUGUCCGUCAGUUUCCGGUUUCGUGAAAACGACGAACAAAGGGUCUAGUACCACAUUUUCGCCCUGUCUAGCCAAUAUACUAGUAUACCUUUUCACAUUGUUUACAAGGAACCUGAUAUACAACUUCACAUUUAUUCUCCAAUGUAAAAAGAACUUUAUUCCAAUGGAUUACACCUACUAAAUGAAGAGCUUCAAAGAUUUUGUAAAUACAUUUUAGGAGUAAGAAAACAGACACCAAACUCUGCUGUAUAUGGAGAACUUGGUAGGUUUUCUUUAUCAGUUUUAUGUGAAGAAAGAGCACUUAAAUUUUGGUUGAAAAUUCAUAAGAAUACAGACUCCCUGUACACUCACUAUAUGUUGAUAAUUAUGGUCUUGGUGUAGAUGUAUAAAAUCAAUUAUUGAUACUAUAGGAUUUUCUUAUGUAUUAACAGACAUCAACCCCAGGGUAAACUACAUAUCUUUAUUUAAAAUACAGUUAAGGGACCAGUUAAUUUAAAACUGGUAUGAUUCUAUUUCUGAUAUAUGCCAAAACUUAAAUACUAUAGAAAAUUUAAAACGUCAUUUCGCUAUGAAAAAUACUUAGACCUUAUAACACAUGAUAACUUACGUAAAGAACUUACUUGUUUUAGACUUUGUUCACAUUCUCUUGAAACUGAAUUUGGGAGAUACACGUAGAGAAAAUAGUUUAUGUAAACUUCGUAAUCUAAUAUCUGUAGAUUCAGAAUAUCAUUUUCUUUUUUGUUGUAAUAGAUACAUUGAUAUACGCAAUAGAUAUCUUGGGCCAAUUGCGUGGCCAUCAUGUAACAAAUUCUCAACAAUUAUGUCAACAAAUAAGAAUAUGUUGACUAGAACUGCAAAAUAUUUUAGAGAUGCCAUGAAGUUCCGUAUCAAUACACUUGUUACUAUAACUGUUUCCUAAUUUUGUUAUUUAUAUAAAUGUUCACUAUUAUGUCUGUUUGUAUAACAUAAGUAUUUGCCAUUUUUCACAUUAUAUUAUAUUGUUAAUGGCCAAAGGCAAGAAUAUUAUAUUGCCGAUUUGCUGUA